AUGCAUCUACUACCGCGCGAACGUGACAAGCUUUAUCUGCGCGAGAUUGGCUUGCUUGCCCAGACGCGCCUCGCGCGUGGUCUCCGGCUCAAUGAGACGGAGACGAUUGCCCUGCUUAGCACAGUGCUGCAUGAAAUGGCGCGCUCGGGCCAGUACACCGUCGCGUCGCUCAUGCAGCGUGGUAAGACGAUCCUGGGAUACCGUCACGUUCGCCAAGGUGUCGCUCAAAUCGUGCAUGAAAUCAUGAUCGAAGCUACGUUCCCGGAUGGAACGUUCCUGGUCACUGUGGUCCAUCCCAUAUGCUCAUCGAGCGGCAGCCUGGAAGCAGCCUUGUACGGCUCGGGGCUGUCUGUGCCAGACGACAGUAUUUUCCCUCAGAUUCGGACGCCUGAAGGCCCUGUGCCUGGUAAGGUCAUGGCUCUCACAACGGCUCCGCCCAUCCAACUGUUCCCUGGGUACCGUCGCCGCAUGAUGGAGAUAACCAACACGGGCGACCGAGCCGUACAAGUGGGCUCGCACUACCCACUGCCCAAGGUGAAUCAGGCCCUGAAGUUCCCACGCGAUCAAGCGGAGGGCUACAAGCUCGACAUUGCUGCGGGCACCGCCGUGCGCUUUGAGCCAGGUGACACACGGCGCGUCACUCUCGUAGAGACAGGUCCCGCUUACAAGGCUCGCAUGAGUGCGAGAGACACGACGCCUUUGCCGGAUGCACCUGAACCAUUUUCACUCUCAAGAGAGGCGUAUGCAACGCUCUAUGGGCCCACGACGGGCGAUCGUGUGUGCUUGGGCGACACGAACCUGUGGGCCGUCGUCGAACGUGACUGCACGGUGUACGGCGACGAAUGCACGUUCGGCGGCGGUAAGGUGCUCCGCGAUGGUAUGGGGCAGACGUCAGGACGGCGAGCCACUGAUGUGCUCGAUACGGUCAUCACGAACGCGCUCAUUGUGGACUAUACGGGUAUCAUUAAGGCCGACAUCGGCAUCAAGGAUGGCCAUAUUGCGGGUAUCGGCACCGCCGGCAAUCCCGACACGAUGGUGUACGUGACUCAGAACAUGAUUGUGGGCUCGUGCACCGAGGUCAUUGCAGGCGAAGGCCUCAUUGUGACGGCGGGCGGUAUUGACACACACGUGCAUAUGCUGUCUAUGGACAUGUGUGAAGAAGGCUUAGCGUCAGGUAUUCUGACGCUGGUCGGUGGUGGCACCGGACCAGCGGCAGGCUCGCGGGCCACGACGUGCACGCCCGGUCCAUGGCACAUCCGGAAAAUGCUGCAGGCCACCGACACGCUGCCCAUAAAUAUCCUGCUCACGGGCAAAGGCAACGAUUCAGGCGAAAUACCGUUGCGAGAGCAAAUCGAGGCCGGAUGCGCGGGCCUCAAGAUCCAUGAGGACUGGGGCGCGACGUGCGACGUCAUCGACACGUGCCUGCGUGUGUGUGGCGAGUAUGACGUGCAGUGCACGAUCCAUACCGACUCGCUGAACGAAUCAGGCUUUGUGGAAGAUACGCUCCGGGCCAUCGACGGCCGCACGAUUCACACAUACCACACCGAGGGUGCCGGCGGCGGACAUGCGCCCGACAUUAUCCGUGCGUGUGGUGAGCUCAAUGUGUUACCCGCAUCAACGAACCCCACACAGCCUUACGCUUCCAACACGAUUGACGAGCACCUCGACAUGCUCAUGGUGUGUCAUCACCUGUCCAAGAACAUUGCUGAAGAUGUUGCAUUUGCCGACUCGCGAAUCCGCGCCGAAACGAUUGCCGCUGAGGAUGUGCUGCACGACAUUGGCGCGAUCAGCAUCAUGAGCUCCGACUCCCAGGCCAUGGGCCGCAUUGGCGAGGUCAUUUCACGCACAUGGCGACUCGCUGACAAGAUGAAGGCCCAGCGCGGUCCGCUGCGUACGACGUACAGCAACGACUCGCUCACGGACGACAACGCACGCAUCCGGCGCUACAUUGCCAAGUACACGAUCAAUCCGGCCGUGGCACACGGCAUCUCCCACGUGGUGGGAUCCGUCGAGGUCGGCAAGUUUGCUGAUCUCGUCGUGUAUAAGCGCGAGCACUUCGGCGUGCGUCCCGAGAUGGUCAUCAAGGGCGGGCAGAUUGUCAUGGGCAACACGGGAGACUCCAAUGGCAGCAUUCCCACGGUACAGCCGAUCUACCUGCGCAAGACAUUUGGCUUCCAACCGCGGUGUGCCGCCGAAAAUAGCAUCGCCUUUGUCAGCAAAGUAAGUCUUGCCAACGUCGGCCGCUAUGGCCUCAGCAAGCGCUGUAUGCCUGUCACACGGUGCACAGGCCUCACCAAAAAGGACAUGCUGCUCAACGAUACGCUGCCUGUCAUCAAGGUGGACCCGGAGACGUUCGAUGUCACCGCCGAUGGCCAGCUCAUGGCAUCGGAGCCUGCCACGCAGGUGGCCCUCUCAGUCGGCACGGGUAUAUUUUAG